CUCUCUCUAUACCAUCUCUAUUUCGGUAAGUCUCUCUCUCUCACAUCGAUCUUUUUACCCUUUCUCUCUCUAUAUCUCUCUAUUUGUCUUCACUUUUUGUCCAUUAUUCUUCUCGAUCCACCGAGCCAGAGGCUUUUCUAGGGUUUCUAUACACGCCUCUCCUCUCUCUCUCUCUCUCUAUAUAUAUAUAUAUAUAUACACACACAUAUACAUCCAAUCAAUCAACAUACAUAUUCUUCUGUUUUCAAUUUCAAUUUUUGACUCCAAGAUCCACACCUUUUCUAUUGGAUCUUCUCAAAUCCUUCACUCCUAGGGCUUAAUUUUGCAAUCCUCUCACUCUAGGGUUUCCUUCGCAUUGGAUUCGAACGUUCUUGAUCUUGAUCGAUUGGUGAAUCAAGGUUACCGAUAAUUAGGGUUAGGUUUUCGAUUCGAUUCGUUUGUUAUUUCAAUUCAAUUUGAAGCUAUAUUUGUCGACUAUUUUGAAAUUAGACACAUGAAUUGAUAAAUGCUGAUAUGAAUAUUAUGAAUAUGAUGAAUACUAUGAAUAUCAGAAUAUUGGAUUACUAUACCUGUUGAGUUUUUAGAUAGUGUUUCUUGAGAGUCUGAGUAUCAACUUUUUAAGUAAGUUUUGAAGUUAUAUGAGACCUGUUUGUUGGAUAUAGAGUUUUAACUUUUAAAGGAGUUAUCGAAAACGAAUGACUCAGAUGAUGGGGAAGAGUAGGAAGGUUUCCAAGGGUUACACAAAUGGGUUUGUACCGGAUUAUCGUCACGCGGUUGAGACAAUGGCUGACUCGGAAGGGUACGGUAGUUCAGGGCGGGUGGAUAUGGAAAUUACUGUUUCAGAGGUUUCUUGUGCGCCAAGGAACAAAUCGGUUAACUUGAGUAGUGACGGUUAUCAACAUUUUGGGGUUCCGAUUCAGGUUGUGUGUCUAUCGAAGUUAUCGAGUUUUGAGAGGAAAGAAUUGGAGUUGAGGUUAAAACGUGAGCUUGAACGAGUUAGAAUUUUUCAGAGGAAUAUCGAUGAGGGUUUGUCGCCGUCGAGUGAUGUUCAUAGUUGUAGUGCUGGACAAAGGAAAUCGGUUCCUGAGUUUUCGCGUUGUGUAAAGAAAAGGGGACCACCAGGGUUGAACGGGAAUGGUGGGUCCCAGUUAAAGAAGGCGGUGUUGCCUCCGGCUACCGGGAAUGCUAUGUUGAUGAAACAAUGUGAGACGCUUUUGAACCGUUUGAUGGGUCAUAACUUUGGUUGGGUGUUUAAUACUCCGGUUGAUGUAGUGGCGUUAAAGAUUCCGGAUUAUCAUACGGUUAUUAAACAUCCGAUGGAUUUGGGAACUGUGAAAACAAAGCUGAAUUCGGGAAAAUAUGCCGAUCCAUGGGGGUUUGCUGCCGACGUUAGGUUGACUUUUUCAAAUGCGAUGACUUAUAAUCCACGUGGAAACGAUGUGCAUAUAAUGGCCGAAACAUUGAGUAAGUUUUUUGAAGUUAGAUGGAAAGCGAUUGAGAAGAAACUAUCAGUGGCUACAGAUACGGUUAUUCCAGUUAGACAGAAUGUUCCGGAAACCGACAUUGAAACUGCUACUGUUAUGCCUCCGUUAAAAAAGAAAAAGACUUCAUCUUUCGGAAAUGAACGAAAGCAAGAACCCGUGAAAAAGACGAUGUCUGUUGCUGACAAGCUUAAAUUGAGCUCUGAAUUGGAGGCUUCACUGGCGGAUUUACCUGAAACGAUAAUUGAUUUUCUUAAAGAAAAUAGUUCAAACGGGAAUGCUACAGCGGAUGAUGAGAUAGAGAUUGAUUUAGAUACUUUUAGCGAUGAAACAUUGUUCAAGUUGAGGAAGAUUCUAGAUGAUUUUUUGGUGGAUAAACAAAAAAGCACGGUUAAACCGAAAAGUUGUGAAGUCGAGAUUCAUAAUGAGUCAGGGAUUAUUAACUCUUCUGUGCAAGCAGUCAAAGUUAAUGAUGUGAAUGAAGAGGAUGUAGAUAUUGGUGGAAAUGACUUGCCUGUAACGAGCUUCCCACCAGUAGAGAUAGAGAAAGAUACAGCUGCCAGAAACAGUAAAUGCAGUAGUUCAAGUAGCUCCAGUAGCGAUUCUGGAUCAUCAUCUAGUGAUUCAGACAGUGAAUCAGAAGGUGCUAAGAUUUCUGCCAUUGUAAACAAUAUCAAGGCUUCAUUGGGCCCUGAUGUUAAUUUGGAGCAAAUGACGGAUAUUCCCCAUGAUGCACAAGAUAUUGUGAAUGGUGUGGGAAAAGUUGAGCAGAAAUCUGAAUCUAUUCCUGUUUCUGCUGAAACUGAUGGUCAUCAAGAGGGGGAGCGCGCUCCAAACGAAAGGCAAGUCUCUCCUGACAAGCUUUAUCGCGCGGCACUAUUGAGAAGUCGUUUUGCUGACACCAUUCUCAAAGCUCAAGAGAAAACCGUUGGAAAGGUUGAGCAGCAGGAUAUAGAGAGGUUGAGGCUUGAUAAGGAAGAGAUAGAAAAGCGAAGAAAAGAAGAAAAAGCUCGGCUGCAAGCUGAAGCAAGGGCUGCCGAAGAGGCAAAACGAAAAGCAGAAGUAGAAGCAGCUGCUGAAGCCAAACGGAAAAGGGAACUUGAUAGAGAAGCAGCACGUCAAGCUCUACAAAAGAUGGAAAAGAUGGUUGAUAUAAAUGACAACUCGCAGUUUCUCGAAGACCUCGAAAUGCUAAGCGUGGGACCCACCGAGCCUUUACAAAGCUUAAUAGAUGAAAACAGUGCAGAUGGUUUUCAAGAUCCUUUAGGGAGCUUUAACUUGAAUGGAAAAGGGAAUCCAUUGGAGCAACUUGGUUUAUAUAUGAAAGAUGAUGACGAAGAGGAUGAUGACGAGCCAAGAACCGGUCCCGCCAUAUGAGACGGUCACGACGAAGUAGAGAUAGAUUGAUUUUUUUUUUUUUUUUUUGCUAUUGUUUUCAAUUCAAAGGUUAGUUUGGGUAUUUUACAUUCAUGGUAGUUAAGGUAGGUUCAAAAGGUGGAUUUCUUGUUUUUCUUUUGAGUUUACAUUUAUUGUAUAAAAAGGUGAAAAGGACUAAAAGUGUAAAUAAAAUUUCAAUAAUGGCCAAUAACACUACAAAGAAAUAGACCACCA